GUUGAAUUCCUUGAGCACCCUUGCGAGAUCUUGGUCAUCGAUCAACCAGUAUGGAGUCGAAGCCUUCAAGCUCGUGGUCCCCGCCGAGGAAGCGCGCCAGGGCCAGGCUAGUCGCUCCGGACCAAGGCAACGAUGGAUACAUUCUCCCCACAAACGAGCUGCAGGAGGUGCUUCUGAGGCUACCGUCAAAAUGCCUCGGCCGCCUCCGGGCCGUCUGCCAGUCGUGGCGGUACAUGCUCUCCGACCCGCUCUUCGUCGCCGCCCACGCGUCUCGCUCCAACGCGGACUCCAUCCUCGUCGUCGCCGACCACUCCCCUGAUCGCCAACUAGUCGACCUCAUCUUCCUGGACGUGGCCACCGGCGCCGUUUUGCAGCGCAUGGACGGGCUAGCUAGGCGUCGCGGCGAGCUGCUCUGUUUCGUAGGCCCGGGGCCGGGCGGCGGCGCAGUCCAGGUUCUCGGCCCGGCGACCGACGACACGACCGACGUCGUCGCCACGUCGACGGAGCCGUACGACCGCGCUAGCUUCACGGCCUCGUUCUACUUGGUCGGGCACGUGCCUGCCACUGCCGGAGAGCACAAGGUGCUCCACGUCACGGACGUCCGUGGAGAGCAGUCGUGCGAGGUCUUCAGCAUCGGCGCCGGCCGCCGCCAAAGUCAUCAACGCUGGAGGCCAACGCAAGGCCCCCCUCCGUUUCGUGUCGACUGGAUCGCCCGGAGCAGAGCGGUGGUCAACGGUGUCGCUUACUUCCUGCCCACCGCCUAUCAGGACCUGAACCACUACGACAGCGUCGCCGCGUUCUACCUCGAGACAGAGCAAUGGAGGCCAACUCCCAUCCGAGGCCCAGUGUGCAACAGAAAGCAGUCCGUCUGCCUCCUGCUGUUCUGCUUCAGCCUAGCCGAGCUCGACGGCCACCUCGUCAUGGUUCAUCAUAACUGGCGGGUCAGAACCAUGGACAUCUACUCCCUGACGACGGACACAGAGAAGGGGGGGUGGUCAAGGACGCUAUCUCUGCGUCUAAACUGGGUUGUGAACCGAAGAUGCGAACACUUCGCGGAGCCGUUGGCGGUGUUAGACGACGGGAGGAUCGUGGUCUUUGUACCAGGGACAAAGCGCGGUGUUGUGCGGGUGUAUGAUCCCAGAACGGAGACUAGGACGGAGGUGAUGCUCAUGUCCCGGCAUUGUACCGUUGUUGGGCUCUACAGAGGAAGCCUCCUUUCGUUUCGUGUACUCCCCCAGUCUCGUGAAAUCGUCAAAAUUUGA